AUGUCUGGAGACCUGCCACUCAACAUCAACAUUAAGGAGCCGCGGUGGGACCAGGGCACCUUCAUGGGCCGGGCACAGCACUUCUUCAUGGUUACCGACCCGCGAAACAUCCUGCUGUCCAGCGAGACCCUGGAGGAUGCCCGUGUCACCGUGGAGAACUACAGGCUGGGGGUGGUAAAGCCAGGCCUGACAGAGGAUCAGCUAUGGAGGGCAAAGUACAUUUAUGAUUCUGCCUUCCACCCGGACACGGGAGAAAAGAUGUUCGUGAUUGGACGAAUGUCGGCGCAGGUGCCCAUGAACAUGACCAUCACGGGCUGCAUGCUCACCUUUUACAGGACGACCCCGGCUGUGGUGUUCUGGCAGUGGGUAAACCAGUCCUUCAACGCCAUCGUCAACUACACCAACCGCAGCGGAGAUGCCCCCAUCACCGUCAACCAGCUGGGCGCCGCGUACGUCAGCGCCACCACUGGAGCUGUGAUCACCGCACUGGGACUCAAGUCUCUCACCAAGCACCUGCCGGCCAUCAUCGGCCGCUUUGUCCCCUUCGCCGCUGUAGCCGCUGCCAACUGCAUAAACAUCCCUUUCAUGAGGCAGAGGGAGCUGAAGUACGGAAUCCCGGUGACUGACGAGGAGGGGAACCGGUUAGGGGAGUCCGCCAGCGCCGCCAAACAGGCCAUCGUCCAGGUGGUUGUGUCCCGGAUUGGCAUGGCUGUGCCUGCGAUGGCCAUCCCUCCUGUGAUCAUGAACACACUGGAGAAGAAAGCUUUCAUGAAGCGGUUCCCAGUGCUCAACGCCCCCGUACAGGUUGGACUGGUGGGACUGUGCCUGGUAUUCGCCACCCCGCUCUGCUGCGCCCUCUUCCCACAGAAAAGCUCCAUGAAGGUGAGCAGCCUGGAGCCGGAGCUACAGGAGCGGAUUCGCCAGAACAGCCCCCACACCACCACAGUCUACUUCAACAAAGGCCUGUAGGGGGUGCUGGUGCAACUGCAAUGGCAGCAAUUUAGUGGGCACAGCAAGAUAUAUAUUUAAAGCUUAUUUUUUUAACCAGUUAUUCACAGCUUUGGAAUUGAAUGUGUCCUCAGAAGAGGUGUUUGUGGGUUGACUUUUAGGCGUUAUGUAUGUAAAUAUGUCUAUAACUUGUAGGUCAUUUGGUUGUUUGGUUUUUAUGGGCAUGGUUAGAUUUUGAUAAAAUGUGUGGAGAAGUUAGUUUUGGACUGCUUUGAGUGUCAGGAGAAACAGACCAAGUGUAGACCUUCACUCCUAUAACAAAUAGUUCAGACCAGCUUUAAUCAUUUCCUUGUUUGUCACAUUAAUAAUAUUCUCCAUGUCAGUUAUUUAUUGUAUUUCUCCUAUGGUGUAAGCACAUAUCUUGUGAGCUGUUAGCACUAAAAAUGAGUGGUUGUCCUGUCUGCAAAAUGAUGUUAAAACUUUAUUCAGUAGAAACCAUAAAAGUUCUGGUUGCAGUGGUUAUGAGCCAUGAGGGUGUCCCAUCCCCUUUACAACGACCCCUCUUAGUAACCAGUGUCAGACGCAUUUAUUCUUAUUAUUGUUUCACCGUACAAUCUUGCUUGCAGAUAAUGCUGUAUACCAUGCCCGUUAAAGUGCCCUUCUUCCAAAUUUCCCCCACACAAUUUAACCAGAAAAACCUCAGUGUGAUUUUAAUUAAGACUAUGUAGAAGUACUGAUGUUGCAGAGAUGGCAGUACAUGAACAUGCAUCAUAAGCAGACCAGUAAUGAUGAUGCCUUUGGAUAGACACGGCCUGCCGAGGAAAGAGCUCCAUGCCUUAAAGAGAGCUGGAUCGUAAUUACAUGGAUUGAUACCACACCGCCGUCUAUCCCACUGCAUCUCUGCAGAGCGUACUGAAUGUGAUUGUUGGUGAAGGUCAUUGUUUGUCGUGUCUUUGAGGAAUGUAUUGUAGAUUUGAGACGUUGCAGCAAACGAGUUGCUAAUCCGUUACCCGAGCACCUGGCCCCACCGCCUUCCUGCAGUUGGUUCCCUGGUUAACAGCAAAAAAGGUUAAUUGCACAGACUGUGCUGUUCACUGUUAUUUCUUAACGGCAUUUAAAUUAUUUACUAUCAUUUAAUGUUGUAUCAUUACCUUUGGGAAAAAAAAAUGCAGAAAAGUCUAGUGUCUCUCUGCAUAAAAAUCGGGUCACUUUGAUUGUGAAGUUUAUUCGGAUUUGUGAUUACCGAGCUCAGCGGAAGAGACAACCCUUUUAUGUGCUCACCAUACAAUGAGUGCGGGACUCUCCAAGAAAUUUUAUUUCUUUGUUUUUAUUUCCUGCAAAAAGAGUCAGACUGGUUUCGAAGCCCAGAAGGACUUGACAGCAAGAGGCGAUUGGCUGGGCUCGUCUGGUAUGACAGGUGUUAAAUGUAACGUAGUAAACAUCGCUGCGGUUGUGUGAUCCUGGGUUUAUUGUAUCCUGAUAGCAGCACAUUCACAAAGGUAGGAUCUCAUUUCUGUGGAGGAACGGCAAGGGCCUGUAGCAGUUUUUCCUUUUUGACUUAUAGUGGUCUCAAAUGCAGAAAAAACUUGAUUCAUACAGGAACUUACAGUUUGAUUCGCACAGGACAAAUAAUACAAAAUAAUAAACAAAACUGACUUGAGGUGGGAGUUUUCUAUGUUUGAACCAUUAAGAUUAGCUUUGAGGUGUGGUUAAUUAGCCUGUUGGUGUGUCCAACAUGCUAAUUUUCCUCUGGAUGCAUAUGCAUAGUUUUAUUUAUUUAAAACAACAUUCACAUCUCUUCUGAAGGAAUUCAAGAGAACUGUUCACUUCAAUGCUGCCCUGUUGUUAAAUGUUUGUCAAAUGGGAAGUUGAUGUCUUGAAUGUAUAAAUAUGUAAGCAGGCAAAGAAAGCGUGGUUGUGUUUAUCUAUCCCAUUACUAUGUACCAAGGGUAGUGGUACAAAAAUGUGUAUUUUUGACCGCUGAAAGCGCAGUGCUCCUUAAAUCCACCAGGGGGCGCACAGGGCUUUCUACAAUGGCGGUUUCACCAGCUGCAUCGGUAUUGCACAAUUUACUGUUUCUGUCUUAACUGUUCUGAAUUGCAUACGUAGCAUGUAGCUGGCGCAUAUGUUUGCGUUUGUUAUCUUUUUGUAGUGUUACAGCACUUUAGCUGAAAAUGCAACAGUAGUCUAUAGAUCUCAGUGUAUCAAGUACAAGCUUUCAGUGUUACUUUUUCUCAAAGCAAAGGAACUGACAGAUAUCGCAAGCAGUACAUAAUUUCAGAGGAACUUCCCAGUUUCUUAAAAUCCUAUAUUUUUAAAGGAAUAUCUCAAACUAUCACUUUUGCAAUAUGCCACUGUAGACACACUACAAUUA